UUUCCUCUUCCUGUGUCUCAAAAGCAGGGUUUGGGUUUUCAGUUUAAUCUCUUUCUCUCUUCUUUCUCACUUAAACAACACAAAGGACUGGAGAGAAAGAGAACAGAGUCUUAUUUCUUUUGGGCCGGAUUUGGUACUUUUUUUUUUUCGGUUAGAUUUCUCUCCAUUUCUUCUUCCAUCAUCAUCAUCAUCCCGUUCCGUCUCUAUCUAUUUUUAGGCGUUUCUUAAUUUCUUUCUUCUGUAACCCCUUUUUCGAAACCUGGCGCUAUAUCUCAGAAGUCGGUUCAACAAACUCUACAAUCUUUCUGAUCUAUACUCAGUUUCACCCAUCACAUUUAUCAUUUCAACUUUGAUUUUCUCGACAAAUCUCUCUAUUUAAACAAUGCAAGAACCCAAGACUAAAUCAUCGAAAAAUAAAUCCCUAGUAUUCUUGAUUUAAUGGAUUCUUCAACUACACCUGAUACUGCUAAACCCUCAGAAUCAUCAUCAUCUCGUCAACCUUUGGUUUUUGAAAUCGAUCUUAAUGAGAUCCCUUAUUCCUCAUCAUCAACACAGGAAGACCCUUCCGUCUUCAGUGCUACGCCGCCUCUACUGGAUGCAAAUGAAGUCGUAAGAAGUGUACAUGGUAAUCCUAGGUUAGCAUUUAGACCGCCUACUGAUUUACCAGCUGAUGUACGUGGUGUACCAUGUGUUUGUGGCCGAGCUGAAGCUAGAGGUGGUGUCCUAGUUUGUGAUGGUUGUGAUAGAUGGUUUCAUUUGAGCUGUUGUUCAAUGCGUUCUCGUCAAGCUAUUGUUUUAGAAGAUUGGAUUUGUUCUUCUUGUUUAGGGAAUGGUGUUGGUACUAAGAGAUGGAACUUGGGUUGUGUUUCAAAUACCGUUACUGUCGCCAUUCCUCCUCCUCCUCCUCCGACGACUAAACGUACUGCUGUUAGGCCGCUUUUGGAUAUCAAUUCUUCUCCUCCUAGAGAUGAAGAUGUUGAAGAGUUUGAACAACAUUCUAGGAUGCGUACUCUGGGUGAUACCCAUAUUAGUGGUUUUCCGUACGGUACUCCUGUGAAAUAUCCGAUCUUGUGGCAUCCAAGUGCUGCUGUACAAAGAGAAUCUGGCAUAAAUUCACACCCCAUCAAAUUAGCUUCUGAAAGGUUCUUAAACCGGGAACUGACUAUGAGUAGGAGUUGGGAGGAGGCAGAUUUGAACCCCACUCCUAUGAGAAGAUUUAGGAGUACUAAUUCCUUCAAUUCACCUAGGAGAAAGGAGCUUGCUAGACAUUCAAGAACUAAUAGUUCUGCAGAUAAUCGAGAAGCUCUGAGAAAUAGUCGAAGUGGGGAUUUUUCCUCUGAUGUUGAGAUUGUGGAACCUCAUGCCCGCAAUCUUGGGAGAAGCGCAAGAAUUAGGGAAGCCGGACAGGGGGAAAAUGGUGGCUCUGAGUCCGAUCGACCUAAUAAUGGACUUCCCGUACAGUUUGAAGAUCUCUUCCUUACCUGUUUGGGGAAGGUUGAUUCUCGACCAUCAUACCAUGAUAGGAGUCAUAUCUGGCCUGUUGGUUACAGAUCUAGUUGGCACGAUAAGGUAACUGGAUCUCUUUUUGUGUGUGACGUACUGGAUGGUGGAAGCUCUGGACCAAUCUUCAAGGUCAGACGAUGUCCUUGCUCUGCAUCAGUUAUACCUGAUGCAUCAAUAGUCCUGCUGAGACAGAUUCUUGGUCAGUCCGAAGCUGAAAGCAAAGUAGAAAGUGAAAUAGUCAUUUUGUCAGACUUGAGCGAUACCGAGGACACCGACAUUCAGGUGCUUCUUUCCGAUCCUUGUCCACCGGAGCAAGAUCUUUUAUCAUGUUUCGCAGUCAGUACCCUUAGUGAAUCUUACUGUGUUACGAAAGAUAUUUUCACCCCACAAACCAAGUGCUUAGUCCAAAAAUCCGGUGGACUCUUCUCUAGUAAGUUGGGGUUGCAGGAUGAAGUUGGUGAGUUUUUUGCUGAAGGAAGGUCAUCAUCUUCAGUGUGGGGUAAGGUCUCCGAGAUGUUUGUUGAGGCCUGCCGUGAAGCCUUUAAGAAGACUUGCAGUGUUCAGUUCUGUUGCACCCAUGAGUCAGAUGGUACGAAUUCUUGGUCAGUUAUAGAUGCCAAGGACAGAAAUGGUGUUGGUUCCCCGUCCAAAUUCUGUGACAUGUCUGGUCCCAGGCACAUACCCCGUGUAGUUCAAAGUUUAGAUGAGCUUGAGAUGAUGUGCCAAGAAGUGGAGAAAUGGUUGAACCAGGACAGGUUUGGACUCGAUAUGGAAUUUGUGCAGGAAAUGAUUGAACAGCUUCCUGGGUCCGAUGCAUGUUCAGAAUAUGAGUUCCUGACUAGACGAAGUGAGUACUCUAAUUUUGAAGUUGUUGGAAAUGGGCUACUUCAUGCUAAAAGAAAGGGUCUGUUUCAAGGUAUGGAAUAUGGAGAAGCUGCAGAUGGUUUGUUUGGGAAAAGUAAAAGGCUGAAGCAGAAUAUGGUUCAAGACCUUGGUAUCAGAAGACAUUUUCCUCAUGGCAAGCCGUUGAGCUCAAAGCUAUCAACAGAGCUGGUUGGUGAUGUUCUACAGGUGUAUGAGCUACUUUGGCGUUUCAAUGAUGUCUUGGCUUUGAGGGAAACCUUAUCUUUUGAGGAGCUUGAAGGGGAGCUUAUAAAUCCCUGGUUUCAUGAUUUAUCUUUUAUGGAGAAACUUGAGAAGGGAAAUCAGGAAAAUGCAGACCUCGUGUUGCAUAGUAGUCACGGUAUGGUUGGCCAUAAUGUAACCCCAAGUGGUGAACCAAAUUCUAUAGUUUUAGGGGAUCUUUCACCAAAGUUCAUCAAAGUGGACACAGCAUCUGAAAAAGAAGCUGCACAAGCUAAACUAGCUUCUCAUACUUACUAUAGGUGCACAGGGGUGGCUUUGACUAAGGUACAUAGAUCUUUGCUGAAUUUACUGGUAGGUGAGCUCCAGGCGAAAGUUGCUGUCCUUGUAGAUCCCAAUUUUGAUGCUGGAGAGUCAAAAUCGAGGCGAGGGAGAAGGAAAGACGCAGACAAAUUGUCAAGUUUAAGAAAAUUGAAGAUUGAUAUGCUCCCAGUGAAUGAGUUAACUUGGCCUGAAUUAGCCCGUAGAUUCAUUCUAGCUUACUUAUGUAUGGAAGGCAACCUGGAUUCUUCAGAAGUUUCAUCUCGUGAGGAUAUAAAGGUGUUCCGUUGCCUACAAGGUGAUGGUGGGAUGGUUUGCGGCUCAUUAGCUGGAGUGGGUGGAAUUGAAGCGGAUGCCCUGCUACUUGCAGAGGCUACAAAGCAUAUUUUUGGGUCCCUGAAGAGAGAAAAUGAUAUUUGGUCAAUGGAGUAUAUUGAUGAAGUUGAUGCCCCUGAAACCAUCGUUACUGAAACCAGCAACGAGAUUCCAGAGUGGGCAAAAGUCUUGGAACCUGCAAGAAAGCUACCCACAAAUGUUGGAACCAGGAUUAGGAAAUGUGUCUACGAGGCGUUGGAUAGAGGUCCGCCAGAGUGGGCGAAGAAGAUACUGCGACAUUCUAUUAGUAAGGAAGUAUACAAGGGCAACGCAUCAGGGCCUACAAAGAAAGCUGUUGUUUCGGUGCUGACACGUGUGGCUGACGAAGUUUCACAGAGGAAACCUGUGGUAGUAAAAAAGGAAAGACGUGUCAAAACAAUGUCUGAUAUUGUCAUGAAACAAUGUCAUUAUGUAUUGCGCCGUACUGUUCUUGAAGAUGAGGCAAAAACGUUCUGCAAUUUGCUUGGAACAACCUCACUAAACCCUAAUGCUAAUGAGGAUGAUGGCAUUCUUGGAUAUCCUGCAAUGGUAUCUCGUGCAUUGGAUUUUAGAACCAUUGACUUGAGGUUAGCAGUAGGCACUUAUGGUGGAUCUUACGAAGCUUUUCUGGAGGAUGUACGUGAGGUUUGGCACAACAUACGCACUGCUUAUGGAGACCGUCCGGAUUUGAUGCUUUUAGCUGAACAAUUAUCUGGAAAUUUUGAAUUGCUGUAUGAAAAAGAGGUGCUUGAUCUUGUACAGAAAAUUAAGGAGCAUGCUGAUCCCCAAUGCUUAAGCCCCGCACUAAAGAAGGAAAUAGAUGAGUUUCUGUGUGGCAAGGAGAUCCCUAAAGCUCCUUGGGACGAUGGUGUCUGCAGACUCUGUGGCAUUGACAAAAGUGAUGAAACUGUGUUACUGUGUGAUCAUUGCGAUUCUGAGUAUCAUACUUACUGCUUGAUACCUCCUCUCCUUAAGAUUCCCAUUGGAAACUGGUAUUGUCCCACAUGUAUUGAAAGUGGUGAAGUAAAGGCACCACCCGAUACUCACGUCAUUCAUCAGCGUAGACAGAAGAGAUAUCAAGGUGAAGGAACUCGUAUUUUCUCAGAGACACUGAACAAGUUAGCUGCUAUUAUGGAAGAAAAAGAGUAUUGGGAUUGUAGCCUGGAGGAGGCCUUUUCAGGGCACUUGUUGUGGCUAAUUCACUUUUAUCUUGAUGUAGAGGGUCUUCUUGCUGAAGUUUUUGAGCGACGAGGCGUUGACUCAUCUGUUGUUCGUGAACACCUUGAUCAAUGUGCCGAAAUGUCGGCUGAUGUGCAGCAGAAACUGCGUUCUUUUUCUACAGAAUUAAGAAACCUAAAGUAUAAAGAAGAAGUCCUCACAAAAGAAAGCAAAGUCGCGCUUAAUGGAGUUGGUGAAGCUGGAAAAGAAGGAGUAGCCAGUAUGCUGUUGAGCCUUAGCAGGGGUAGCGGUCAACACCAAACUUCUAAUAAUAGUUACAACUUCUGCUCACCCUUCCCUGGUAUGAUUCAGCUUGAUGAUGUUGCCGAGGAAAAUGAUUCUAACAAUGUGAACAAUAAUUCUAAUUGGUCAUUCGGGAAGAGCAAUUCAGGGGAUCAUUGUAAUGGAAGUAGAAACUUAAGUGUGUUGGCUGCAGAUAGUGAUGGUCAAAAGCCAGAUGGUCUUUCAGUUCUGGAUGACAAUCUCGCACUUGAAAGUCUUUCCCCAGAUAAGGCUUCUAAGAGUAGUGAAUCAAACAAACACAGCGAGGUACAGCUACCAGCUCUCCAGAAAAAACAAGUAGGUGACUUGAGAAAGGAACUUGCAACAGAAAGUACCAUGAGUGAGAAACAUGAAGUUGGUACGGAAACCACUGAUUGUGUGCAGCCCAUGUUUGAAGUUCUAAACGAACCACGAGCCUACAACCUUGAGGUGGACUCACUCAAGAAUGAGAUUUCACAUAUGGAAAACUCAAUUGGAGUCUUAGAAUCGCAGCUUCUUCAGCUAUCUAUGCGUAGGGAAUUUUUAGGUAGGGACAAUGCUGGUAGACUUUACUGGGCUCUGAAUAUGCCAGGAAAAUGUCCAUGGUUGGUUGUUGAUGGUAGUACACCAGUCAAUAGUACUCCAGAUGAUGCGAAGAGCAGCAAUGCAAAAGAGCAGGUUCUGCCAGGUAUGGAGGGUUCAACUUCGGCUUGCGGCUAUGAAUCUCAUGAUGGAGUUCUUGGGUUUUCGUCAUGGGUUUCCUAUGAUUCUGAUGUAGAAAUCCAAGAACUUCUUGGAUGGUUGAAUAGUAGUGAUCCAAGGGAGAGAGAGUUGAAGGAAUCGAUUCUGCAGAUGCACAGAUUGAAGUCUCAGUCCUCUCAACAAGCUGGAAAUCCUAUUCUUAGUGACUUCCAAGUCACUGGGUUGAGGUCUUUUGAUGGUGGAAAAGAUGGAACUUCUCUUGCAACAAAAGCUUCAACAAUAUUGGAGACGAUGUAUGGUCCGUGCAUGGACCCAGAAACCUCUGAUACCAUCCCAAAGAGGCGGGGUAGGAAGUUGAAAGCAACUUCUGAUGAUAAAAUAUAUAGGUGUGAAUGCCUAGAACUGGUCUGGCCUUCCAGACCCCAUUGUCUUACUUGCCAUCAGACCUUCUCCACCAACUUGGAACUUGCAGGGCAUAAUGAUGGGAGGUGCAACUCAUUGUCACCAGCCAAUGAUGAAGGCAAGGAGACUGAUGAUCACACAAAAGGGAAAGGGAAAGUAAGCACCAAUCGUGAGGAGCAUGCAAGUGAAACAAGCAGAAUUGAUGCAUCGAAGAGUGGAAAAUUGGACAGUAGUUCUAGAGUGAUAAAAUUUCAAAAGAAGGAAAUGGUUUGUCCAUAUAACCUGGAGGAAAUAAAAAAAAAGUUCAUCACCAAUGAUUCCAACAAGGAAUUAGUGAAAGGAAUAGGACUCAUUGGUUCAGACGGGAUUCCAUCCCUUGUCCCAUCCACUUCUCUGUAUCUCCAUGAUCCAACACUAAUUUUAAACAUUGCCCAACAGAAAGAAGCUGAAAAUGGUACUAGGUGUAACGCUCUGGAGGUGGUAUCUCAACAGAAAAACAAGACUGUAUCAGUUGAUAAAAAUCCCACGGAUUCUGCAAAAAGAAGUGCUAAGAACAGUCUGAAGGAGGAACAGCCAAAAGGCAAGUCAUUGGUUUCAGAAAAUUCAAACAAGAAAGGCCCAGAAUCUUCAAAGAAGAAUACUCCAGCACCUAAGGCUCCCUGCUGUGUAGUGCCUGAACGUUCAUUGAGACCUGUGGUGGGAAAGGUUACUCCAAUUUUAAGGCGGCUCAAAAGUAACUUACUCGACAUGGAUGCUGCUCUUCCUGAAGAAGCACUGAGGCCACUAAAGUCUGACCCAUUGAAAAGAUCUGCUUGGCGUGCAUUUGUUAAAUCUGCAGAGUCAAUAUUUGAGAUGAUUCAAUCAAUAAUUGUAUUCGAGGACAUGAUCAAGACGGAGUACUUGAAGAAUAGUUGGUACUACUGGUCAUCUCUUUCAGCUGCUGCAAAAACCUCCACAAUUUCAUCUUUAGCCCUUCGCAUAUACACACUUGACGCUAACAUCAUUUACCAGAAGAGUCCACCAGAUUCAGAUGCAAGUCCUCCUACUACAGAUACCAAUCCAAGGCUGAGCAAGAAAAGAAAGGAUACAGAGGGUAGAUCUUAGACACAUAGAAACCAGAAUCAAAUCUAAUCUUGGUUGGUGGUAAUGUGGUACAGCAGUAUUGCCAACUCUGUAAAUUUGUUCAAUCACCCUGACCUCUUGGGCAAGCACAUCAAAAGGUGUACCCUUUCAAGGCCGUGGGCAGUUUCCACUGCUGUUGUCUGCUUGUGUGUAUAUAAAGAAGGCAAGUUUGACCCGCUAAUACAGAAGUCCGGAUUAUAAGGCAGCAUGAAGUAGUUAGUUUUACAUGGGAGAGUAGGUGUUGCAUUGACAAAACACAGGUGAAGGAGGGUACAGUUUUGAACUUAGUCGACAAAGGGGGUGCUUUAAGAGAUUACGCGGUCAUAUUGGGGGGAUAUAUAGAGAGAAACAGAAGGAGAUAGAGAAAGAGAGAGUGGAUGAAGCAGGGAUAAUUAUUGUCUUCUCAUUUCAGAUGAUCCGUAUACCCAUACAACAAAAGAAUCAAUGUAAAAAAAGGAAGGAUGAAACUGAGCAGGUGUAAUCAGAACAUGUUUAAUUUUGUUAUACAUGUUUCACUUGCUCUCGUUAUCUCAUUGACUUGUUGUGCUCCAUAUGCUUUUUAUGUUUACUCCGUUCUCUCUGAAUCCAAGUGUCUACUGCUGUUAUCAGAAAAGGGUUCACCGGGUUGUAAUAUUUGGAUUCAUACUAGAGAUGUCUGCCAAAAGAGAAAAUUAGAGAACAAUGCUGCAGCCACAAUGAAGGAAUACUUGGAACACAAGAAGUUAACUUA